CAACGUCAACUGGCCAUCAACAGUCUUCGAAAUGACACUAGGUGAAUUUCCGCUCUUUGGCUCGUCAAUCGCGGUUGGAAAUAAAUCCAACAAGAGAAGACAUGGCUGAAUCAUUGGAAGAGUUCCAGAUGGUCCUCAGUGAGCUCACCGAGGAACCAAACAUGGUCAAGAUCCGUGUAGAAUAUGAGAAACUACUCAAUGCCCUGACUAAGUCGUACAACAACGAGAAAAGGCUCAUGAGCAAAUGCAAGGAACUGAGUGCAGAGAUGGCGUCAGCCUCCAACAAAUUAGAAGCUUCCCGCAAGAUUUCUCAAGAUGACGAAACAACAAUGACUUCACUCAAAACGGAAUUAGAUAAAGCUUGGAAAAUGGUGGAUAAUGCCUACAAUAAAGAGCAAGUCCAUUUGGAGACAAUCAAACAUUUACAAGAAGAGGUUGCCAACUUAACACGGGUAGUAGAACAACUCAAUAUAGCCAUUGCUAACCAAGAUCAGAGCGAUUUGCUGAAAAUGAUCGAAGACUUGACGAACGAGCGCGAUCGCCUUCUGACAACCGUGGAGAGUCUCCGAGAGCAGCUGAGCAUCACCAGUGCGGGCAAGCAGAAAGCAGAGACUCAAAGGGAGGAUGCCUUGAACACCAUUUCCCAGCUCCAACACGAGGUUCAGUUACAACAGAAUGAGAUUUCCCGUGAGCAGAGGUUUAAAGAGAAACUGGAAAAGGAGUUGAAGGAGAUGUCCCUUGACUUGGAAGCAAAAGUUCGAGAGAUCCAAACCAUUGAAAAGGACUUCCAAACCUCCAAGGAUGAGCAGCGGAGAUUAGCGCAACAAUUGAAAGCAAUGAAGUUUGCCUUUGAUAAAAUCACCAAAGAUCUGGAGCUGUUGCAAAACAAAACCAACAAGCUGCAGCGCGACCGAGAUCAUCUCAUAUCGCUCAAAGAACACCACUUUUGGGAGAAUCAGAAGAAUUUAAACGAGAUUAAGGUAAAAGAUGAAACCAUAAAUCAGAUGCGCCAUGAGAUUACCAAAGAACGAACAUUGAAAGAGGCCGUCCAAAAGAAGUUGCGUGUGAUGGAGGAACAGAAAGCGGACGUGGAAGUACAGAGAGGGAUUCUGAAAACUCGGCUCACCGGUCUAGAGAAAGAGUAUGAAGCCACAAAGAAGCAAAUUGAAGCUGACAAGAAAAUCAUUGCUGACGUGACCAGGGAACGAGACAUGUUGUCCAAGAACGUGUCCAAAGCUACGGAUGCGCUGGAGGAACAGCAGUGCAUCGUGAUAGAGCUCGAGACGGACAAAAGGGUGCUCCAACAAGAGAUUAACGGUUACUGCGUGGAUGGACAGAAAUUGCGCAAGACCAUCCAGGAGCUGGAAAAGGAACGGGACCGCUUCAUCAAUGACAACAACAACCUCUUGCAAAAGGUGCAACAAAAAGUCAAUGAUCUUGAAACAAGCCAGAUGGCAGUCCAUAACUGGAAAAAGAGAGUGGCAGAGGAAGAGCUCAAGCUGCAAAGAAAAGAGGAACUCUUGGAUUCUGUCAUCACUGAAAGGAACCACUACGGCAAAAACCUCGUGGAAGCUCAGGAUGAAAUUGCAAAGUUGAAGAUAAAGAAUAGGGCCAUGAACACCCAGAAUAGUCAGUUGAAGGAGGAGAUAGAAGCAAAAGAGUCCACUAUCCACAAAGAACAGGCGCACCACAAGCGCUUAGGGCGAGAUAAUGACAAUCUCAAGGGCCAGAUGAAAACAAUAACACUGCAACUGGAGGAAGAAAUUCGACGUGUCGAGAAUCAGAAAGCGGAACAAGAACGACUUCAGACAAUCAUAACUGACAAGCAGAUGGAAUACAUGCAACUGAAAAAGCUCAUUGAUCAAGUGAUCAGGGAACGGGACAACUUGGGGAAGCAGCUGCUAAAACGCGAUGACGAACGAGCUCUGUUGUACGAGAAGAUUAAGAUCCAGCAAUCCAUCAUAUGCAAGAGGGACUUUCACCACAAUCAGAAGCUGGAAGACAUCCGACUCCUCAAAUUGGAAAUCAAGAGGAUCAGGCGGGAAAAGAUUAUCUUGGACAAGGCUGUACCCAACGCGGACGAUCUUAAACGAGAGUUGUUUGCCCUGCAAAGGGAACUGGCCAGAGAAAGGACGAGGAACGGUGUCCUCGAGGAACAGCUGAACCCCAUCAAUAUUCACAGAUGGAGGCGACUGGAGGGUAGUGACCCCUGCAAGUAUGAGCUGAUCCAGAAGGUUCAUACUUUACAGAGAAGACUUAUCAAUAAGACGGAAGACUAUGAAGAGCAAGAAUUCUUAUUGCAGGAAAAGGAGAAGCUCUACGUCGAACUGCAGCAACUCUUGGCUCGGCAGCCGGGCACCGAAGCGCUUGAGCAGCUUCAGCAUUGCCAGUGGACGUUGAGGGAAAGGACCAAAAAGUUCAUGGCACUGACUGCAGAGGUGAGAGUGCUGGAUUCCAAGUUGAACGAGUACAAAAGUGAGAAUCAAAAGUUGAUCAACGAGAUGGCCGACCUCAAGAAGAAAUAUUUCAAUCAGAAAAAGCUACAAAGUGACAAGUCCAAAAGCAAGGGGGAACAGUUGGUGCUACCUCAGCUCAUCAACAAGCCACAAUACUCUGGUGGAGGUUUCAAGUUUGAUGACCUUUUCAGAUGAUCAAUCAACACUUGAUUUGUUUCAAACAUACUGAGUGGAGGUGACGAUCACAAAAGUACGCUUUUUUCUCAGGAAGUGACCAUUGUCAGCUGCCUUCAAACAUAACGUUACAUCUGAAGCGCUUGAAUAUCCAGGGAGAGUGGAAAAGAAAGAAAUCUUGAAAGCAUUAUAAGAAUAUUUUUUAGAGCUAUUUUUAGGACUCAUUUGACAUUUUUGGUGUGUGUGUGUUUCCUAGCACGCAACUGUACAAGUGUGUUCUUACAUGCGGAGGGAGCUUUGUGUAUUUUGAUUUAAAGUACGCACAAGAUUAAUUGACAGCUUUCUUCUGAGCCAUUUGAAAUAAUUGUCAUGAAAUAAAGAUCCUCGUUGAUGGUG